AUGGAAAUACCCCCCAAUACAAAUCACCUCACUUAUGGAAAUGCCCCGCCCACCCCCAGCAUAAACCACGCCCAGUUUAAACCACCUGAUGGAAAUACUUAUUACCUCCCCAGGACAAACCACGUCAACCAUGGAAAUACCCCCUGCCCCAGGCAAACCACCCCACUCUUGGAAAAUGUCCCCCAGUUAAAAAAAAACACCCUCUGGAGGAAAAUCAGCAUCUGGCGACCCGCCCUGCCCAGACCCGCGUGCGCGCAGAGGGCCGUUUCAGACGGACCCGCAACCCCGACGCGGGUCCGCUUGGGCGAGCGUGCGAACGCGGCCGGCCCCCUCCUCCAUUUCACCCCUUCCUGCGGGUGGGGGGUGGGUGGGUGCUGGGUGCUUUCCCUCGCGUCCGCUGGACCCCCUUCCCCGCCCGCCCCCGCUGCUCCUCGCCGGCUCGCAGCCCUCCCGCGCCAGCCGGCGGGGCGGGACCGCAGCGCCCCCUCCCCAACCGAGGGGGGCGUGUCCGGUGGGCGGGGCGUCGGGGGCGGGGCGUCGUCUUUUGUUCUGCCUCCGGCGGGGCCCCCGCGAGGCCAGGCGAGGCGGAGGAGGCAGGAGGCGGCGGCGUCGAGAUGCUCCUGCCGCUGCCCGCCCGGCCGGCCGACCCCGCUUGCCGGCGGCCCCCCACCGGCGCCCCCGCCCGGGGCUGAGCCGGCCCCCCCCCCCCGCCGCCCGGCCCGGAUGGCUCCCCUCGGCCGCCGCUGCCCGCCGGGGCUCGCUUGCCUGCUGCUGCCGCUGCUCCUCCUCGCCGACCUGAGCCAUUCCUCGGAGCUGGCGUUUACUGUCGAGCCCAGCGACCACAUUUCCGUUCAGGAACAGCCGCUGGUCCUGCCCUGCCAGGUGGAAGGGAUCCAGCCAAUCAGCAUCACGUGGCGGAAGAACGGGGCCAUGAUGGGGAACAGCGAGGACGCCUUCACCCUUGCCAAUGGCUCGCUCUACUUUCCCCUCUUCCAGAAACUCAGGGGCGAUGGGUCUUCCGACGAAGGGGAGUACGAAUGCACGGCGCGGAACCGCUUUGGGCUGGUGGUGAGCCGCAAGGCUCGGAUUCAGGCGGCCAGUAAGUCUCGUUCGUGUUCCUUGCAAAUCUCUUCGUUUGACUUUGGUGCCGAAAAAGCUUGAUGCUAGCAUUAAUAGAUGCGUAGUAGCUACCGUGUUUCCCCGAAAAUAAGACAGCGUCUUACAU